CACUCAACCAUCUUCAGAUGUCCUGUUUGACCCAACGAACUGCACUCCUGGCCUCUACACGCAGCGCCGGGACUCUACGAGAGUAAGAAAGACGAUUUAUGUCAAAUUCGCAUCCGACUUUGGCAACACAUUCGAUAUGGGAAAUGUUAUAUUUGACCCCCUAUUUCAAUCUUCCUACCAGCAACAUCAGUGGCUACCGAUUCCAAAGUCGCUGAUGACAGCAGUACACCUCCUUCGUAUCACACAAUCUUAGCAAAACCCAUUCAAUGCGAUAAAUCAUCUAUAUUUUCCUUUGGUCUCAUGAAGAAGAAACGUGCACUGGCAGCUGUUCUAUCCCGCAUCCGUGACAUCGUCUUAGCCCCUGACUACAUCCCUUCUUCUGUGGUUCCAAAUGUCAUUGCCUGCGCUGCCGCUCUCCCAGCUACCGAGUUCUCCAAACUCCUGACACAACUCAAUAUCGAAGGCCACACAGCACCGUAUUGGGCAAUUGUGAACAAUCGGCAUCAUGCUCUUUGGGCAUUUAUCCACUUCAUUUCCGGCACGAGUCCCUCUGUUUCUUCUGAUUUGCGCAUUGCUUGCAUGAUAAUCAACGACUAUUCAAUGUUUAAGGAGCUCAAUUUUGGAAACUAUCGUGCUACAGAGUGCUACGAAGCGCUCCUUAGUGAAGACAGGCGUUCGAGAUGCUUUUUAGGAUGUCAACCAGAUGAAAUCCAGGUAUAUGCAUACGACAAAUCCAUCAAGCAGUUCGAUGUUGUUUUUCCAAUCAGGAUGUUCCAGAAACGCCUGCGCACUGCUCCUGACAAAAGUCUGCGCUUCGAAUUUGUCGCAGGGUGUGACGCAUAUGGUGGUUUAGCUUCUACAUACCAGAGCCUGGCUAUGGAUCAUGCCGUACCGCUAUUGGUCUCAGUCAGGAUAGCUAUCAAGCGCGUUUUAACGCUGUACUUUUGA